CCCCUACCAAAACUCCCUCAUCUCCCGAAACCUCCCCCGCCCUCCUCUACCGGCGGCUUCCUUUCUCCACACCGCGUGCGAGUGAACGAGAGCAGCCAGCAGCGGCGGCGAUGGGGAAGGCGUCGAAGGGCUCGCGGAAGGGGAAGAAGGCGUGGCGUGCCAACAUCAGCACCGACGACAUCGACGACUUUUUCGAGAAGCAGACGCGCGACGCCCACGCCGGUGCUGCUGCCAUCCCCUCGCUCCCCUCUGAUUCCCUUUUCUACGUCGACAAGCCCGCCGCAUCCACUUCAGCAACUAGCGCCUCUGACACACCAACCAAAGCUGAAAUUCGAUUACUGCUCCCAGAUAUUCCUGCCAAAAGGAAGAUUGAGAAGAAGCGAGAGAAGGUUCUUUACCAUGAGAGUUUGUUGAAGCGGAACCCAUUUGUACAGCCAAUCCCAUCUUCUGUGGUGGGCAAGAAGGAUAAGAAGAAGGCGAAGAAGGAAUUGCAGGAGAAACAUGGAGAAAAAAGUGUCCCCAUGGAAGAUGAUUCUGCUGAAAAGAACCUUGACAUAUGGGCUGGGGAUGGUAAUGGAGAUACCAAGGCCAAAAAGAGAUCUACUACAUCAGUGAUUCCUGCUGUUGAAGUUGAGGCCCCAGGAUGCUCAUUUAAUCCUCCAUUCGAAGCACAUCAAGAUGCUCUUGCUCAAGCAGUUGCUGACGAAAGGCACAAAACACUUAUGAAAGAGUUAGGGCCCACACCUGUACCACUUAUAGUUCCUGGUGAAGCUAUAACUGAAGAAGAUAAAUUCUUUCUUGACGCUGAUGAUGGAGAUGAAGAUGUCGCAGACGAUGAUGGAGAUCAGGAUGCUGAUGCUUCGGUUGGACAAAGGAAGAACAAAACAAAAAGAGUUACAAGAGUGGAAAUGAACAAAAGAGCUCGUCGUAAGGAGAGGUUAAGAGCAGAGGCAGAAGCAAAGAAAAUGGAAAAUAUUUCAAAAGAAAUAGAUAGCUUGCCAAAUAUAAUUGAUGCGAUAGCUAAAGAGGAUGAGGAAAAGGAAAAGAGGCGCUUACGGCGAACUGUGGUUAAAGAGGAGAGGCUUAAAUCAGGCCCACCUCGUCUGGGCAGACACAAAUUUGAACCAGCUCCUGUUCAAGUUCUAUUGACUGAAGAGAUUAGUGGCUCUCUUAGAAAGCUAAAGGGGUGUUGUAAUCUUGUGAGGGAUCGCUACAAGAGCAUUGAGAAACGUGGAAUACUUGCACCAAGCAAGAAAAUAAGCAAACGUCGGUAGAGAAUCAAGGUCCAAUAUGAUGGAUGAUAAGGCAAUCUUAACCUUGUUUUCUCCUACAAUAUCGAGGGAAUGCACUCCUGAUGGAUUGAAGAGGCUUACGAAAUUGGCUGAUAAAAGACGAGAAGAUCCAGAUAUAAGUGAAGAGCCAGUGGGGGCGGUCUUACCCCCGCAGGUCAAGUUUUUUUUUUAAGUGAAGAGCCAGUUUUACCGCAUUCUUAUUUCCUUUCACAUGUUCAGUGUCAACUAGGCAGUCAAAUCUUUAGCCCUAGCAAUAUUUUGUGAGCCUGCGAGGCAAAAUUUUGCAGUUGACCUUUGAAGUUAGUGCUUAGCAGAUGCGACGUGGUGUAAUAGCAUAUUUGUAUCAGUUCUGUUCUAGUAGAUGGUAGCGAUUGCUAUACUAUUGCCAUGGACGCAAAUGUCAUGAUAUGGAAAUGGCCAAGCUGAGGUAAGUUGAUCA